AAUGGUGAGGCCGUCCGAAUCACGAGAAUACUUCCUCAGGUUGUUUACAUCUGUAAUGAUCUUUUUGGUUACCCUACAGACGGAGACAGUCUUAAAACCCAAGCGACCGGACUCCUACCCUGGCCUGCAGGAUGGUCGGUAAACUGCCUCCCUGCUUCUUCAUCUUUAUUUUCAUGCUAAAAUCCCUGGUUGGGCGACCCCAAAGCCCAACAAUGGUUAAAUAUGAAUUCAACAGAACUGGUCAGAAAGACAUGGCAGCGGAGGUUGUAGGCUACGCAGAUGUGGCCAAACAGAUCAUCGACCUGGCUGUGUUCGGAGCCGCGAAGAAUCGCUCUUACGGACGCCUCGCCGACUUUACAGACACGAUCGGGAACCGUGUCAGUGGCUCGCUCAACCUGGAGAUGGCUAUCAAAUAUAUGUACAAAGCUAUGAUGCAGGAUGGUUUGGACGUUCAUCUGGAACCAGUAAAAAUCCCUCACUGGGUUAGAGGAAAGGAGAGUGCAGUGAUGACCUUGCCAAGGGUCAAGAAUCUGGCUCUCCUAGGUUUGGGGAGCAGUUUGGGGACACCACCUGAAGGCAUUGAGGCCGAGGUGUUGGUUGUUGAAUCUUUUGAGGAACUGAAGCGCAGAGCCAGCGAGGCCGUAGGGAGGAUUGUGGUCUUCAACCAGCCAUUUGUCAGCUACGGCACGACAGUGGCAUACCGGGAAUACGGCGCCUCGGAGGCGUCGAAAUUUGGAGCCGUGGCCACACUUAUUCGAUCCGUCACUCCUUUCUCGAUUAAUAGCCCUCACACAGGUUGGCAAGACUACCAGGAUGGUGUGAAGCGCAUCCCCACGGCAUGCAUCACCAUGGAGGAUGCUGAGCUCAUGUCGCGUAUAGCGCAGAGGGGACAGCGGAUCACCGUCCGACUCACCAUGGCCGCCAAGACGCUCCCAGAUGCCGACUCCUAUAACACGGUGGCCGAGAUAAAAGGCUGGCAGCACCCCGAGCAGGUUGUCCUAUUGAGUGGUCAUCUUGACAGUUGGGAUGUUGGCCAGGGUGCUAUGGAUGAUGGGGGCGGAGCCAUGAUUUCCUGGGAAGUCCUGUCACUCAUAAAACAGCUAGGUUUACGUCCGAGAAGGACAAUGCGUACAGUGCUGUGGACGGGUGAAGAGCAGGGAGGAGUUGGAGCGCAGCAGUACUACGAUCUUCAUAAGGUGAAUCUGUCCAACUUUGAUCUGGUCAUGGAGUCUGACAUGGGGACAUUCAGCCCGGUGGCCCUGCAAUUUACAGGCAGUGCUGAAGCACGAAGGGUGAUGGAGGAGGUGGUCAAACUGUUAGCUCCUCUCAAUACAACCAAACUGGAGACACAUGGAGAGGGUACGGACAUCUCGCCUUGGAUGCAGGCUGGAGUACCAGGUGCCAGCCUUCAUGUAGCCGACAGUCGAUAUUUUUGGUUCCACCACACGGAAGCUGAUACCAUGACAGUUCAGAACCCUGGAGACAUGGACCUCUGCUCGGCUUUGUGGGCCGUGGUGGCGUACGUGGUAGCAGACCUCGAGGACAUGCUGCCUCGGUAGUUGUUGGGAGGACGAGACGAGGAUUCUCAGAAGCUGCGUCAGAAGUGUUUACACUGGUGAUAUCGCAGCAGAGUAUUCUGUAAAGCUUGAGUGAAAAAUAAUCUUUCACUUUAAAGCAGUGCUUCUCAAUUAUUUUCUGUUACGCCCCCCCCCUAGCAAGAAGAAAACUAUUUGCGCCCCCCCUCCCCACCGUGACUAUCCUAACUUGUCUUGUAAGUCGUAAAAUGUUGCACUGUCGCAAACGUGACAGAAGUAACAAUGAGAGCGCCACUGCCCCCUGCUGUAGUAAACGCGCAAUUACACUUUAUUCUAGUACUGCCAAAAAAAAAGCCUGUUCCCCAGGGUCACACGCGCCCCCCCAGGAAUAGCACCGCGCCCCCCAAGGGGGGCGCGCCCCACUAUUUGAGAAGCACUGGCCUAGGUGACUGAUUCACAAUUUGGUUUUGUCUGAUAUCAGAGAUUAAAUAAAGAAAACAAACUGGC